GCCCCGCGCGGCCGCGGGGGGCCGUGGCCCUCCACGGCCGGCGCGCUGCCGCCGGGCCGCCUCCGCGGGCCCGCGGCCGCGAACGCGGACGCGGCCCUGGCGCACUACACCAAGGCCCUCCGCGGCGCGGCGCGCCCGCGGGCGGCGGGGCCGGCGAGCCCAGGCUUUCGGCGGCUGGCCAGCAUCAGCUACGAGGCCGUGCGCCUCCGGAAGAGCAGGGACUUCGGCAGGGCCGCGAGGGCGUACCGGAGGUCCAUCGCCAUGCAGGAGAGGGGCGAGCUGCCCGAGGUCUCGGAGGUGGCGGCGGCGGUGGCCGCCGCCCACACCGCGCUGAACCUGGCCCUCACGGAGAAGGCGCUCGGGCGCCUGGACAGGGCGCAGGUCGCCUUCAACCAGGGCUGCCGGAGGGUGCAGGAGCUGAUGUUCAGAGACACCGGUGCCAGGGUCGACAGCAGGCAGCACGUCUGGUGGCCGAAGGGCUUCUCCCCGGGGCCGCAGGAGACCGCGAUGCUCGGCGAGGCGCUCCGGUGGCUGGCCACGCUCCUCACCGCGUGGGCGCUGCUCGAGACGCAGCAGGGCAGGGUGGCCGCCGCCCGCCGCCUGGCGCUGCGGGCCGCCCGCUUCGACGAGGGGAAGAAGGCCGUGCUGCGGUGGCAGGUGCUGGACUCUGGCAGGACUCGCCCUGCCUGA